AUGAAGGUUGUCCUUGAUGGAUACUCCCUCACACCCGAUGCGCUCUACGCUCUAGGUUACGAAAAGAAUGCCACCAUUGAGCUUGCGGAGAGUGCUGUGGAGCGUAUCAAAGCUGCCCGUGCGGUUAUUGACAAGAUUGUGGAGGAGCGUCAGACGGUGUAUGGCAUCAACACAGGCUUUGGCAAAUUCGAGUCCACCAUCAUCCCGCCGGAGCAGCUGGAGGACCUGCAGCUCAAUCUCAUCCGCUCACACGCUGCCUGCGUUGGGGCUCCCCUCACGCCGGAGCGGGCCCGCAUGAUGAUGGCGCUGCGGGUGAAUGUUCUCAGCAAGGGCCACAGCGGCGCGCGGCUGGAGACGGUGGAGAAGUACGUGGCCGCCUUCAAUGCCGGCGUCGUGCCGCACAUUCCCGUUCAGGGCACCGUCGGCGCCAGCGGCGAUCUUGGCCCGCUCGCCCAUCUCGCUCUCGGAAUGCUGGGCGAGGGUCUGCUCGCCACACGCAACCACCGCAAGUUCCGCGAUGCGGCAGAAGUGCUGCGCGAACUCGGCGUCGAGCCCGUCACCCUCGCAGCAAAGGAGGGACUCGCACUCAUCAACGGCACGCAGUUCAUUUCAGCCCUUGGGGCAGAGGCAGUCGUGCGGGCUCGCAAGAUCGCACGUCUCGCCGACGUUGCACUUGCCAUGUCCCAUGAGGCCCUGCAGUCGACCAUCAGCACACUUAAUCCAGACAUCCACCGUGUGCGUCCUCAUAAGGGACAGCAGCUCGUUGCCCACAGACUCCGAGCACUCUUACACAGUGAAAAGUACCCCUCUAUGAUUAACAACCACCACAAAAAUUGUGGUCGCGUGCAGGACGCCUAUUCUAUCCGCUGUGCCCCACAGGUACAUGGUAUCUCCAAUGACAUGAUUGAGUGGGUCUAUGGUAUCCUCACAACUGAACUGAACUGCGCCACAGAUAACCCACUGCUAUUCCCUGAGGGAGUCAAGAAGGUGGUAUCGGGAGGUAACUUUCAUGGUGAAUACCCAGCAAAGGCACUGGACACACUUGCCAUAGGUGUUCAUGAAUUGGGAAGCAUCAGUGAGCGUCGUAUUGAAAGGCUGAAUAACCCGUCACUGAGUCGCCUUCCCGCAUUUCUCGUGGAAAAUGGUGGUCUUAACUCUGGUUUCAUGAUCGCACACUGUACCGCUGCUGCCCUCGUCUCGGAGAACAAGGUAUACUGUCACCCUGCCUCUAUUGACAGCAUCUCCACCUCCGCUGCUCAAGAAGACCACGUCAGCAUGGGUGGUUUCUCCGCACGCAAGGCCCUCAAGGUUGUGGAAAACGUUGAACACGUUAUCGCCAUUGAACUAUUGUGUGCUUGCCAAGGAAUUGAUCUCAUGCGACCACUGAAGACAACAGAGCCAAUGGAAAAGGUCUGGAGCCUUAUUCGCACGGUGAGCCCUCCGUGGGAAAAGGAUCGUGUCGUUCAUCGCGAUAUUGAUAACAUAACAGAUCUGUUGCGCAGUGGGAAGGUAUGGGAGGCCGUUCGGGACUAUAUCCCGAAAGAAGCGCGGUUUCGAGGUGUGACUAUUCCACCAAAACCCUUUGAGAUCAGGGGCAAGCUUUAA